GGUGGCAUAUUGCUCCUUUACGCGCUCCACUCAACAUGUGUAGCCUUUCUGCGGUGACCAGGACGCUCCGACUCACAGUUCACCACCGCCAGACACUGUCAGUGGCGCUGGACGGUUUUGUGUCUGGUGGUCGGAGGUUCAAAUCUGGAGCCAGCAGACACGUAGGACAAAAUUGGCUGACAACGAUAGAAACAACUCCAGGAAAGUACAAAACAAUAGACGAUCUACGUGGACCUAGUUUGGCCACGACGGUGUAUUGGCUGUUCGUGAAGGGAUAUGCAGAUAAGAGCCAUGCGAUGCAGGUUGAACACAAGAAACUGUAUGGGCCCAUCUGGCGCUCGCGGUUCGGCCCGUUUGAUGUGGUGAACGUGGCGUCUCCAGAGCUUAUAUCCCAGGUGAUCCGUCAGGAGGGCCGCUUCCCAGUCCGGACAGAGCUGCCACACUGGAAGGAGUACCGCGAUAUGAGGGGACAGGCCUAUGGACUCCAUGUGGAUAAAGGCCUACAGUGGUACCGUAUCCGUAGUGUCCUGAAUCCAAAGAUGCUGAAGCUAGCGGAGGUGUCUGCGUACGCGCCUGUCAUCCACCAGGUGGUAGGGGACCUGCUAGAGCGUAUUGAGAGGCUCCGCCUCCGCAGUCAGGACCACACCACCGUACCAGACCUCACCGCAGAGCUCUACAAGUUUGGCUUUGAAGGGAUCUCUUCCAUCCUGUUUGAGACGCGGCUGGGUUGUCUGCAGGAGGAGAUCCCUAAGGACACGCUGAAGUUCAUCGCUGCAGCCAACGACAUGCUAACCCUGUCUGAGACGGUCCUCUUCCUCCCGCUCUGGACACGCAACGUCCUGCCCUUCUGGAAACGAUUUAUCCAAGCCUGGGACGACCUGGUGAAUGUAGCUCAGGGUCUGAUUGACCAUAAGUUGGCGCAGAUGGAUGCCCAGGUGCUUGCUGGGAAGCAGGUGGAGGGGAUGUAUCUCACCUACCUGCUGUCCUGUGAUAAACUGACCCUGGGAGAGGUGUACAUCAGCAUCACAGAGCUGUUGCUGGGCGGAGUGGACACGACGUCCAACACCUUGUCGUGGGCAUUGUACCAGUUGGCUCGCGAAGCCGCGUCUCAGGACAGGCUGUACCUUGAGAUCAUGUCCGUGUGUCCGGGAAGACAGCAGCCCAGAUCAGAGGACCUGAGCAGGAUGCCCUACCUGAAGGCUGUCAUCAAGGAGACUCUGAGGAUGUACCCUGUAGUUCCAGGGAAUGGCCGUCUAACCGUAGACAAUGACGUUGUUGUGGACAACUACUGGUUCCCAAAGAAGACCCAGUUCCAUCUGUGUCACUAUGCUGCCAGUCAUGACGAGGGGGAGUUUGUGGAUGCUGAGUGUUUCAGGCCUGAGCGUUGGCUGCGAGGGGACCCAGAGUCGUACCAACACCACCCCUACAGCUCUAUACCCUUCGGGGUGGGCGUGAGAGCCUGUGUGGGCAAGAGAGUGGCAGAGCUAGAGAUGUACUUUGCCCUCUCCAGGCUGAUGCAGCAUUAUGAGAUCCAGCCAGAGGAUGGGGCCCCGACCACAGAGCCCAAGACUAGAACACUGCUCAUCCCGUCCAAACCCAUCAACCUGCGCUUCCUACCCCGAGCCUGAGGAGGGUGCCAGGGAGUUAUAGAAAGGAAUUGACAGGAGGUCCUGGUGUUGUGCUGUGAUGUGGUAACCUCCAGUCCCCUAGAUCCCCUUAAACAUAGCCGCAGGAAGUAGUUUUGGUGGGGGGCGAUGCUGAAAAAUAAAGUUUGCUCGUGCUACAGAUGGCUACAUCGGUCCGCUAAUACAGGACUAUUAAAGGCCCAGUAUUAUACUUUUGUGAAAAAACAUUUUCUAAAUAUAUAUAGAUUUUUUUAAUGCUGAUUUUUCAGGGGGUGCAGUAGCACCCUCAGCACCCCUAUUUCCUGUGGCUAUGCCCUCAAAUCAAAUCUGAUUCAUAUCAGGCAUAUCAGAGGUGGGGUGGCAGGGUAGCCUAGUGGUUAGAGCGUUGGACUAAUAACCGGAAGGUUGCAAGUUCAUAUCCCUGAGCUGACAAGGUACACAUCUGUUAUUCUGCCCCUGAACAGGCAGUUAACCCACUGUUCCUAGGCCGUCAUUGAAAAUAAGAAUUUGUUCUUAACUAAAAAAAAGUUUUUAAAAAAGAGGUGUAUGACUGGGACCUUUGUUCUGUUGACCUUUACUACGACACCAAUACUUACUUCCCCUUAAUAAAUGCACAUUGGUGUUGAGGAGAGAUGUAUCACUGUGUGUGUGAAGGGCAUUAUAAUAUCAUUAGAUGCUAAUACACUUUGAAUAUUUGUCUAGGGUAUUGGCCAUCAACCUUUUACUGCAUUAAAAGUCUCUAUGAAAUGUGAA